UAAAAACAGAAGCAAUUGAACAGAGCAGAGUAACAGCGGGACUCACCAGGACGACGACAGGGUAAAAACCUUGAAGAAUCAACACGUCACUUAAACAGUAAACAGAGCAGAACUAGCAGGUCUAGUUUCGGAACGCUCUGAAAACGGUAGACGCGUUAAGAAGAAGAAGAAUCAGUAACAGUAAGUUCAAAAGUAAGAUAAACCAGUCAACAUGAGCAGCUCGAGACACGCGUUCUACACCGUCGAGGUGGGCGACACCAAGUUUACCAUCCUGAAGCGAUACCAGAACCUGAAGCCGAUCGGAUCCGGUGCCCAGGGCAUUGUCUGCGCCGCGUACGACACCAUCACCCAGCAGAAUGUCGCCAUCAAAAAGCUGUCGCGGCCGUUCCAGAACGUCACACACGCCAAACGAGCCUACAGGGAGUUUAAGCUUAUGAAGUUAGUCAACCAUAAAAAUAUAAUUGGACUGCUGAACGCAUUCACGCCGCAGCGCACGCUCGAGGAGUUCCAGGACGUGUACCUGGUGAUGGAGCUGAUGGACGCCAACCUGUGCCAGGUCAUACAGAUGGACCUGGACCACGAGCGGAUGUCGUACCUGCUGUACCAGAUGCUGUGCGGCAUCAAGCAUCUGCACUCGGCCGGAAUCAUACACAGGGAUCUUAAACCGUCAAACAUCGUCGUCAAAUCGGACUGCACGCUCAAGAUCCUGGACUUUGGGCUGGCCCGCACGGCCGGCACCACCUUCAUGAUGACGCCGUACGUGGUGACGCGGUACUACCGCGCCCCCGAGGUCAUCCUGGGCAUGGGCUACAAGGAGAACGUCGACAUCUGGUCGGUGGGCUGCAUCAUGGGCGAGAUGAUCCGCGGCGGGGUGCUGUUCCCGGGCACGGACCACAUUGACCAGUGGAACAAGAUCAUCGAGCAACUCGGAACGCCGUCGCCCUCGUUCAUGACCCGGUUACAGCCGACGGUGCGGAACUACGUCGAGAACCGGCCCCGCUACACCGGCUACCCGUUCGAUCGGCUCUUCCCGGACGUGCUCUUCCCCACGGACUCGAACGAGCACAACCGGCUGAAGGCGAGCCAGGCGCGUGAUCUGCUGAGUAAAAUGCUCGUCGUCGACCCGGAACACCGCAUCUCCGUCGACCAGGCGCUCGUGCACAGCUACAUCAACGUGUGGUACGACGAGAGCGAAGUCAACGCGCCCGCCCCCGGCCCGUACGACCACAGCGUCGAUGAGCGGGAGCACACCGUCGAACAGUGGAAGGAGCUGAUCUACCAGGAGGUUAUGGAGUACGAGGCGCGCAACAACCUCGCUGACGGCGACGGCACCCCGCGGUAGAAGCCGUCCUCGACGACCGCGGCCGACUAAAACGACGCAAACCUGGCGAACCUGCUCCACCACCAUCAGUCUCAUUAUCCCCCUUGCUACGGCCGCACCCAACCGUACCAUCAUACCCAGCAGCAGCAUCACCAUCAGUACCAUCGUUACAAUUCGGGGGAGGAUCGCGAGGCGGCGGCGGCAGGAGGGGGACUGUGCGAGGAGCGCCUGGUUUGAGGGGAGAGUGAGAGAGAGAGAAAGCACAAUACCACAAUAUACAAGAGAGAGGACAGAGAGAAAAGUAAGCAGUUUUCCAUCAAAGCAACCCCGCUCUCGCUCAUGACCGCGCGUUGACACAGCGCCACACACUGAGGUAAAUCAGCGGGAUGAAUUGAUGCGUUGAGUGGCUCGACGCACGCAAAAGUGGUUUCGUUUCGUUCUUUCAUUUUUAAUGUCGAGCUGGCAAGAUGACGCAAGAACUAAACACACAAAAAGUAUUUGAGCGGAAAAGAGAGAGAGGUGAAGAAUCGUGCGCUGUGAAGUUCAUUACUAAGCAAAGGAAGAGUAACUGCAGAAAGUGUGUUGGAGAGAAAUCACUGAGCUUCGCUCAGCGAACUACUUGUACAUAUUUAUGAGUAUGAAACAAAUUUGUGGGUAGAGCUACAAACGGCAUGACAUACCCUCCCCCCUCAACCCCCGUUUUCUAGAGUUACUAAAAACUAAAUAGUGGCAGUUUUGUGUACGUGAGAGUGAGUUUCGUAAAGUGCAGCGUAAUAAAAUACAAAAACACAGCAGCUGGUCAAAACGUGCAAUAAUUUUAUCUCCAAAAUUCAAAAAACGUGAAGGAAAAAUAUUGCCCCAAAAAAACGCUUCCAACGGGAUUAACAUAAACAAAUAGAACGUCAAGUUGCGUGCAGCACUGAAAAAAAGAGUUCUUAGAUCGCUUUUAAUUGUUAAAAAAUAUUUGCGUGAAAGCAGCAAACAAAAAUACACAAAAUUAUCAUAGUAAACACAGAAAAAAUGUCACGCGGAUCAUUGUCACCCCGCCCCCCGUCCUGGUCCCUGCGUUUUUAGUUCGAUCCCAACCCGGAAGCGGAAGAAGAUGGUUACGCAAACUAUGUGAUAAGGUAAGUCAGAAUCGGUUUAAUUGCUACUAAACUAAUUUACUCAUGGAAUCGAUACACACUUCUUGUACAAUUCUUUAAUUUAACCCCGGUAAAUAAUAACAAACAAACAAACAAACAGAAAGAGAAAUGCUCAGGUCAACUCAUGGCAGACUAGGAUUGAUUCAGUUGGGUUUUGUUUUUGUUUUUAAAACACGCAAGAGGAAAAGCAAACGAGAUGGCGCGCUGUUUUGAUCCCCAAUCCUUGCUCUAAUAAUGAAUUAAUUUAUACAACACUGCCCUCUAUUCGAGUAUGUAAGGUCAGAAUCAAACGAAGCGUCGUCCCCAGCAAAUUACAGA